ACCGCACCGCAUACAGCGAUCCCAGAACCAGAACCAGAACUCAACAAGCGAGAUUUGGCGACUUGAAUGGAACCGCUAAAUUUGUAAUUGUAGCUCUAGAAAUUCUGUUGAAGAUGAUGGCUUCGAAGCUCUCCCCUGCAUUCUUUACAUGGUUCAUCUUGUUAACUUGUUUGUUCUUCUUCUACCUCUACUCCUCCUUUCUUCCUUUUUACUCUCUCUCUCCAACCCCAAUGCAGUCUCUGAAAUCCCCACUUAAAGAAUCCCAGAAGAAUCCACAGUUAGAGCGAAGACACCCUUCUCCAAUUUGCAACUUGUUUAGGGGGCAUUGGGUUCGAGAUCCAAGUUACAGACCCAUCUAUGACGAAAACUGCCCUUUCCAUCGCAACGCUUGGAAUUGCUUAAGGAACAAGAGAGAUAACAUGGAGGAGAUCAACUCGUGGAGAUGGGUGCCUGAAAAUUGCACUUCUACGCGGAUCGAUCCCGUUGCAUUUUUGGACUUGAUGAGGAAUAAGAAAAUUGGGUUUAUUGGCGAUUCUUUGAACGAAAAUUUCUUGGUUUCGUUUCUUUGCAUUCUCCGGGUGGCAGAUGAAGGUGCAAAAAAAUGGAAGAGGAAAGGGGCUUGGAGAGGCGGGUACUUCCCCAAGUUUAAUGUCACGGUUGCUUACCAUCGGGCUGUCUUGCUCGCCAAAUACGAGUGGCACCCUGAGAAGCAGUUAAAUCUGACAGGUCAAGAUAGAUUGAAGGGGAUAUACCGAGUAGAUGUUGAUAUUCCUGCAGAUGAUUGGGUUGAAGUCACAAAAUUUUAUGAUGUAUUGAUAUUCAAUACUGGACACUGGUGGGGCUUUGAUAAAUUUCCUAAAGAGACACCUCUUGUAUUCUAUAAGAAUGGGCAUCCUAUACUUCCACCACUCGGAAUAUUAGAUGGGCUUCAAACUGUUCUUGAGAGUAUGGUCUCUUAUAUACAAAGGGAAGUCCCUUAUGGGACCCUUAAAUUCUGGCGUUUGCAGUCCCCAAGGCAUUUUUAUGGUGGUGAGUGGAAUCAGAAUGGUAGUUGCCUGUUCAACAAGCCUCUUGAAGAGGACCAGCUUGACACAUGGUUUGAUCCAAGGAACUCAGGAUUCAACAAAGAAGCAAGACAAGUGAACCAUCUGAUUGAGAAGGCAUUACAGGACACAGAUAUCCAGUUGCUAGACCUUACCCAUUUGAGUGAAUUUAGAGUAGAUGCCCAUCCUGCAAUUUGGCUAGGGAAGAAGGAUGCAGUAGCUAUUUGGGGUCAGGAUUGCAUGCACUGGUGCCUUCCAGGUGUCCCAGACACAUGGGUUGACAUCUUGUCGGCAAUGAUUCAUCGUGGCUUGGAAAUUGUGUGAUUCAUGGAAGAGAAAACAAUGGUUAUCAGGAAAGGUAUUGCACUAGGUCAGCCUUGUUUAGAGAGAGCAAGUUGUUCUUAGUGGAGGAGUCAAGCGGUUCAUGGCAUUACCAAGGAUUAAGUUAUAACAUCUCUCGUGCAAGGAUGUUUUCUCCAGGGUAAAGAUGAUUGAUUCCAUGAUCUCACGAGAAGCAUCUUUGCAUUUGAUAUUUUGAUGUUCAAAUCAAUUUAGGCAAUAUUGAAGCUUCACACAUGGCGAAUCCUUUUCUUACGCACAGAUUUUUUUUUUGAAAUCCCAUUUCUGAGGGGGAUUGCAGUCCAAAAAUCCCAUUUUUUUUCACCCAAUCUGAAGUGGGGAUUAUCAAGUUGAGGCAGUGAUAUCGACUUUCAUCUCAUGUUUAGGUUUCUCAAUUAAAUUUGAUGGUGAUAUGUAUCUUGCCACUAAAUUAUGUACUGAAAGUGUUUUUCCACGUUAUGCUAUUAGUAUUAGGCCUCCUACUACCUAACCCACCUUUUUUCUUUGUUUAAAUAUCAUCAUCAUCAUCAUCUAAGCCUUCUUCCAACCAUAUGGACUUUGUUUAACUAUAGAUGUUACAAACAAAUAUAUUAUAGAUCUAAUGAUUGUACUA